GCCAAAAACGAGACAACAAUUCACUCAAGUUUUUUGACGUCAGUUUGAGUCCAACGCAUGCGUUAUCCGUCCGUUGCUUUCAAUCAAAACAAAUGUUUCGCUACAAGACUUCUGUCGUCGUCUUCGGCGGUCUUUUCCUUGUUUUUCUCAUAAAAGACGUCAAACUCUUUCAUACCAUUCAAAGCAUGCGUUUUGAUGUAAACACGUCGUCCGCAGUGCCAAAUAUUUCUGCCAAAACAGUGAUGUUGGAUCAGCUCAACUCAUACGUCAUGGCACCUCUUAGUCACGCAUUCGAGUCCACAAUACGACUGUCACAGCGUUUCCCCGGUUUGACGGCUAAUCACGUGUCUUUGGCCGGUGUUGUGGUGGCGCUAUUGGCGUCUCGCGUCGUCCUGAGCGACGCACUUCCAGUCAGACGUCUGGCAGUCGUUCUCUUUCUUUUGCGUCAAUUUCUCGACGAUUUGGACGGUUUGAUUGCCCGCAUUCGAUCGGGUCUUGACCGCCAUCUUGAGAUAUCGGUUACCGGAACCUCUGGAUAUGCUAUGGAUGGUAUUUGCGAUGCAAUCGCUUUUUCAGUCUUUUUGGUCGCAGUUUUUGUCCAAACUUUACGCCAAACAAAUGCCUUGUCGACCGCAAACGCCAAAUAUAAACGAUUAGAAAGCGGCGAAUCGUCGUCCCAGUCGUCGUGCGAGACGUCGCCCGGACGACAACUCUUCCGAAACCAUCUGCUAUUUGGUCUGCAGAUGGCGCUCGCGUGCGUGCUUUGGAACCGAUACAUCGAUUGCUACCAUUUGCUUCUGGAGACGCACCCGACUGCGGCCACUGUAUCGGUGUUUAAGUCUCGGUUACAGUUUGUGAUAAUGUGGUUGUGGCGUUGCUAUGGUAACGCCCACCAACAAAUGACUAUAUUUUUGGCGUCCGUUUGGUUGUCUCGAUCGCAACAAUUGGUCCAAAGUCUUCAUUUCAUUGGUUUCGUCGCUCUUUUGAGUUUAGCUUUUCUUUCGGAAAUGCAUUUAAAAGACAUCGAAACUUAUUUAAAACACAUUUCGAUUAUAAAUAAAUAAAUAAUUAGAGACACGACU